AUUCAGAAGUUUAUCAGGGUCAUAAAGAAAGAGCCAGAAGAUCAACAGGAAAAAGAAAACAAUGUCACAGAGCCAAAGGCUGAGAGGGUGAAAGUAGAACCUCUCACUUUUGGCGACAGUAACAGUCCCACGCACACAGGCUCAAAUCAGGAUGAGCUCUCGUAUCCUCCUCUUCCCUCCACCACCUUCCCCUCCAUUCUGAGCAUGGAAGCAGCCUCAUACAACAUCCCCCAGAAACCAGAAGUCCAGCUUGCUCUCAUCAGGAACCCCGCUGGCCUCUCUGUGCUCUGGAACGUGGAGGAGAAAGACCCUUCUGCGCCGCCCAUGGAUUGUUACAGCGUCUAUAUGACUAUGGAAAAGGUUAAGGGUAGUGGCGUCUUCCCAAAAUGGAAUAGCCUUGGUGAGGUGAAGGCCAUCACUCUGCCCAUGUGUGUGUUGAUCAGCAGGUACAAGCCGGGGCACAAGGUGUGUGUCGCUGUGGUGGGGAAAGACAAGUUUGGCCGGUACGGACCCUACAGUAAAGUUGUAACCGCAGCCAUACCUGAGUAGUUGGGAGGGAGGAUAUGGGUUCAGGGGAGAGGCAACACGAGCACCGAAUGGUCAAGUGGGAUUUAACCACCCGUCAUGUUUGUACUUUCUCACUUAUCAAGGUGUAAUUCAGACAUCCUUACGGUUGAUAACAUCAGGACGUCCUGGAGGUACAAUUUUCAUAAAAAUUGUUUUUGGGUACAAUUUUACAUACAUAUGAUUUAAAACUUUUUCAACCAAAUGAAACGCAGUGAAAUUGCACCCAAAUGUAAAUAGGACCCUUGCUGCCUUUGCGGGGCCUACCAGCAAUGAUUACAGCUCCAACGUAAGCAGUGUAGUUAGUAGCCAUGUGUAAGGCAGUCCUUUCGCUGUUUGUCUGCCACUAAUGCAGAAAUUGGUCGGGCCAUAAAUAAACAGUACAGCGUGAGUUGUCAUUAUACUUCGGAAAGUGUAGCAUUCAUAAAAUUGUUUGUGUAACAAUGUUGAAUUUUUAAAUAUGCUAUUAAAGUACCUGUUGAAAUGUAUGCUCUGUAAGAUUUUUCAGAUUUAUCAUUUAUACAAUAAAAAUCUCUAAAAACA